AUGCCCCCUGCGCGGCAGCCCAAGGUGCGGUCGCGAACCUUCACCUCCUGUCUUGAGUGUAGACGAAGAAAGGUAAAAUGCGACCUGAGUGAGCCGAGUUGCAACAAUUGUCUCCGGCUGGGUUUGACAUGCCCUGGCUUCUCCAUCCAGCUACACUGGUUGCCCAAAUGGCAAUCUGGAGCAUACGACAAGGCCAAGGGAGCGGCUGGUGGUGACGAGAUCCGCCGGGCUCGGACGGAUAUCUUUGGUACUCGCUCCGGACUUCAGUUCUCUGAGGACCUGAUUCAGCAACUCUCGGAGUCAAGUCGAUCUGCACAGGUGGACGAAGCGCUCGAGACUUUGGAAACUCGUGUCAGAGAAUCAGCAGUCGGCCUUGAUCGUCAACAGCACUGGCAGAUGUUCGAAGGGCCGUUCUCUGUCUUCUGUCCACCUCUGUCCAUGGAGACUCUCGCCGUAAAAAGGCCUAAGCUGGCCACACCUCGUUUACCCAACAAUGACUCCAGUGCUACUUUAUGGCUCUCGAACGAUGACUGGUUCUCAGCAGUGCCAGACGAAGUCUUUCCGAAUGAUGCACUGACAGCCGAUUUGCUUGACUUCGACCUUGGAGACGCACUUUCAAGCAUCGAAAAAUCUUCGUCCCUUGACUUUGAGCACGCUUUUCAAUCUGGGUCCUACGGCGACCGCUCUUCUGAGGACAAGCCACAAUACAUUGAAAAUGCCGUGGACAAGUUCUUCGCGUCUAACGCACCAGGUGCACUGAGCAGCUUUUACGGACAUCCCUCUGCCACAUCAUUGCCCAAUGGCUCCCCAUAUCUGCCUCACAACGUGCGCUUUUUGUUGUCGCACUACACCAGCCAUGUCAUCGACUCCCUGUCGCUUCUGCCCACUAAUCAGGCGCCGUAUCGCGGAAUCCAUAUGCCAUAUGCGUUGACUGCGUAUGGCGAACUCGACAUCAUGGGCCAGUCGGGUUUCGCGCGGGUAUCCCUCUUGUACAGUCUGCUGUCCCUAACCUGUUAUCACUUGAGCUCCCUUUAUGAGCCGAGUUCAGGUGGACAUCGACCUGAAGGAUCCCAUCCCAACCCUUCGAACUCACGAUACUGGAGUUCUCAAGGACUCAAGUUUCGCGACAUAGCUCGCACCUCGUUCCGCAAAUGUCUUCAAGCCAUGGUCUCGGACCCUUCCUUCAAAGUCAAGUACAAGGAAUUGUUCGUGGGUGCCAUGAGCCUCAUAUGUACCGGGAUCAUCAGCGGCGACCCAUGGGAUGCACGCUUCUUCAUUCUCCAAUGCGAAGACAUCGUCAACAGGAUCGGACGGACGAAACGAAGGUUCUCAGACAAGGCUCUCCAGCUACAUCGGAUUUUCUCGUACAUUCGAAUCAUCGAGCAGACGACUUUCGUGCAGACGAGAGAUCAGUAUCUGGACACGCUCGACAAGCAUGCCUUGUUCCCCGAGCACGUCGAGAUGGUCAAGCAGAUCCCACACGACACCUUUUCGCACUCGGCGACCGUGGCAAGAAAUCUGCAGACCAUGUCAGAUCUCGGCUUGACAGGGCCCGAAGAGGAGACCUUCUACGAACUGUACGGCAUCCCGGGCUCGCUGAUGCGGCUCAUCGCUCGCACGAACAACCUCAUCGCAGACAUCGACCCGCCCGAACUGCACGGCACCUCUCCACCGGCGAUGCCACCGUCAGUCGUCGAAGCGGCCGCCGCGCUCGAGAACGACAUUUGCAGAUUCCAGCUCCCGAAAACAGGGGACGCGGCGUCUUCGGGCCGGGGCACCGACCUGGCCACCACCGUAAACCCGUCAGAAAUCGUGCGCUCACAUAUCGGGACGGCCAUUCACCACGCGCUGCUGGUGUACUUCUUCCGCUUCGUCCGCGGCACCAACCCGAUCAUUCUUCAACACUACGUCGAGAGCAUCCUGAGCAACCUCGAGAGUCACCAGGCGAGCAAGCACCGCUUCUUCGUGGGCGCGCGGCUGGGAACGACCGUGUGGCCGAGCUUCAUAGCGGCCUGUGAGGCGCUGGGCGACGACCUGCGCCACCGUGCCGUGGUUUGCAUGAGGCACGCCACUUGGGCUGGGUUCAAGAAUGCCGAAGCCGCCGAAGUCGUGGCGCGUGAAGUCUGGAGGAGGCGCGAUGCGGGCGAGAACGACGUCUCGUGGAGCACUGUCCUCCGUGAGAGUCGGACUAUAUUGCUACUUACAUGA